AUGGCAAGGCUGUCCACCGUGUGCUUGGUUCUGCUCGGCUUCUUUGCCAUGGCCGCGGCGGCAGCGAGGCCAGAAACAUCGUCGUCGUCGUCGGCGGCGGCGGCGGUGGACGCUCCAGCGACGACGAGCGGCGGCGACUGCACCGGCGACGUGCAGGACCUGAUGUCCAACUGCCAGGACUACGUGAUGUUCCCGGCCGACCCGAAGAUCGACCCGUCGCCGGCAUGCUGCGGUGCGGUCCAGAGGGCGAACAUGCCGUGCGUGUGCAGCAAGGUCACCCCGGAGGUCGAGCAGCUGAUCUGCAUGGACAAGGUUGUGUUCGUCGUCAACUUCUGCAAGAAGCCCUUCCAGCCCGGCUCGAACUGUGGAAGCUAUCAUGUUCCUGGUUCCCUCGCUUAAUCUUGUGUGUCCUGUCCUGCCAGUUGCAUUAUCACGGA